AUGAAUCAUUUCACAAGACUUGAAGAAUUCAAAGGCGUGAUUGUUGAUGAAGAAGGAUUAGAUGUGUUUUACUGGAGGAAUCUAGAUGAUGAUGAUGAACCUAAAAGAACAAUCUUCAAGAAAGAACACCCGAAAGAAGAAGAAAAGAAAAUGAUAUCAGUUGAUCAUGGCAGAAGAAAAUCAAACACUCAAAUUCAGGAAAUUCAAUUACUUACAGGAAAAUCUUCAGCUUCUCUUCCACCUGCAAAUCAACAAAUCUUGAAAAAUCAACUGUCAUCACGCUCCCCACCACCAACACCGCCUACAUCUCCACCGCCGCCACUGCUAGUGCUGCCACCACCACCACCUAAGCCUAAAACUGGUGGUUUGACAUUGACUUCUUCAUCAACACCACCAUCAAAUGUCAAACAUAAGCCAUUGCAUUGCGAUAAAGUCAACACAAAUGUAGAACACUCCACCGCGUGGGACAAAGGUUCUUUCAGGUUUAAUGGUGAUCUAAUUGGGGCCCUAUUCGGAACCAUAGCAGCCAACAAAAAAUCGCCACGUGGCGACCCCACCACUUCCCCGACCCCAAAACCCGAAAAAAAAUCGGGCCCACCCUCGCAAGUUUUCAUCCUUGACACCCGAAAAUCACAAAACAUCGCGAUAAUUCUUCGAUCAUUAACCGUGUCCCGAAGAGAAAUCAUCGAUUGUCUCCUCGAAGGGAAAGGAAUUGACAUAAAUACCCUUGAAAAGCUCUCUCGAAUCAACCCAACAAAAGAAGAAGAACAACUGAUUCUUAACUAUGAUCACGACAUCACAAGGCUAGCAGAUGCUGAAUCUUUUCUUUACCAUAUCUUAAGAACUGUUCCUUCUGCUUUUACUCGAUUCAAUGCGAUGUUUUUCAAGUUAAAUUAUGAUUCAGAAGUGUCACACAUCAAGAACACGUUACAGACAGUUGAAAAAGCAUGUAACGAGCUUAGAAAUCGUGGGCUUUUUGUGAAGUUAUUGGAGGCGAUUUUGAAAGCGGGAAAUCAAAUGAAUGCGGGAACUUCAAGAGGAAAUGCUCAAGCUGUCAAUUUGAAUUCUUUAUUGAAAUUAUCUAAUGUUAAAAGCAGUGAUGGAAAGACAAGUUUGCUUCAUUUUGUUGUUGAAGAAGUUGUGAGAUUGGAAGGAAAACGGUGUAUGAUUAAUCGAAAUCAUAGCUUAAGAAAUAGUACUGUAAGUUUAAACUGUGAUACAUCGAUAGGAAAAGAUUAUAUAAGGCUUGGAUUGCCGAUUGUGGGAGGGGUAAGUUCGGAAUUUUAUAACGUGAAGAAAGCUGCGGGAAUUGAGUACGAUGCCCUUUCGAAAUCGAGUUCCAGGUUGAACGAUCGUUUGACUGAACUCAUGAAGACGGUGGAGGAAUGUGGUGGUGGUGGUGAUGGUGGACGGGGUUUUGUGAAGGAGAUGGAGAAGUUUGUUGAAAGGGCAGAAUGGGAAAUUCAUGAGUUGGGUGAAGAAGAGGAGAGGGUUAUUAGGGUUGUGAAGAAGACGAAUGAGUAUUAUCAAGUUGGGGCUUCCAAAGAUAAAGGAAGGAAGCAGUUUCAGUUGUUUGGGAUUGUGAAAGCUUUUCUUGAAAUGGUGGACAAGGCUUGUGUUGAUAUAGCUGUAAAGUUGCAGAAGAGGAGAACUGGUUGUGGAGAGGCGGCAGCGUUGGCGGCGGUGGUGGUGCCAUCAAUGCCGACUACGCCUAACCGGCCGUCGGUGAAGUUUCCGGUUUUGCCGGUGAAUUUCAUUAGUAGCAGCAGUUCGAGUGAUUCAGGUGAAGAUUUGUAAGUAAUGAAAAGGGUAUAUAAAGAUUAUUGAUUGUUGUUUGGAUUUUGGAUUUGAAACGAGGAAAAGUGUAUCCAUAUUGAGUUUAUUCUUUUUAAAAUUCUAUGUGAUUUUAAUUCUCACCGUAUAAAUAGUAAUU